AUGACCCCAGUGACUUCCAGAGUUGAAUAUAGCCCUAUUAAGAGGGCUAGAGUUUAUAUGAAACACGAAAUGGGAAUUCCUGAGCGGCGUAUCGCAUUGGAGGAAGGAAUAUCACCAGGGUCAGUGUCUGGCAUCAUUCGACGCUACCCUAUACAAAAAGAUGCCACCAGUUGUGCGCGGUCAGGACGACCACCAAAGCUUUCCGAUAGGGAUAAAAGGGCCAUUUUACGACUUAUCAAAAAAGAUCCCUAUAUCACAACACAUAAUCUUAUUGUUGCCGCUGGUUUAGAUGUUUCUAAACGUACUCUUUUGCGAUGGCUCAAGCAUGAAGGCAUUGUUCAUAAACCCGCCUUCUGA